AUGAGCGCGGACGCAGACGUCAAGCGUAUCAAUGCCUUCUGGUUCAGCCGCUCUCCCUUUGAAUGGAUCGAUGCUCCUGCAGGUAUCGAUGAGGAGAUAAAAUCCGACUUUGGCGACCUCGUCCUCAAAGCCCGUCAAAAUAAGCUCGACCACUGGACAGCAAACUCCGAACGCUGUCUUGCCCUCCUUGUCUUGCUUGACCAGUUCUCCCGCAACCUAUUCCGCGGCUCGCCUGAUGCAUUUAGUGCCGACUCAAAGGCCCAUGAGAUAGCGACAAGAGCAAUCAUACGUGGGUUUGAUACAGAUCUUCCUGUCAUCCAGGCGUCGGCUUUCUAUCUGCCGCUCCUACACAACGAGAGCCUGGUCUCGCUGCUAGCUGCGCGCUGCCUGUUUGAAAGACUGAGAAAACGAUGUGUGACUGAGGAAGAGAAGAAGUGGGCUGAUAUGGGCGUUGAGAUUGUACGUGAGAAUAUCUACUUCAUGGAACUGUUCGGAAGGUAUCCAGGCAGGAAUUCGGCCCUGGGGCGAAAGAAUACUGUUGCCGAAGACGGGUAUUUUGCUCGGCAAGCGGAACAGGAAUGA